AUGGCUCCCUUGGCACGCGGCCGGCUCCCCUCGGCCGCCCUGCUGCAGCUGCUGCUGCUUCUCCUGCUGCUGGGCCGAAGCGCGGCCGACACGCCGGCCAACUGCACCUUCGAGGACCUGGAGGGCACCUGGGUGUUGCAGGUGGGCCGGGGCCGAGGCGCCGCGGACAGCCGCCUCAACUGCUCGGAAGUGGGGCCUAUCGAGAAAAAAAUAGUGGUUCACCUCCAGAAGCUUGAUGUGGCACAGGAUAAUGAAGGGAACAGUGGCUUCUUUACAAUAAUUUACAACCAAGGCUUUGAGGUGGUGUUGAACAACUACAAGUGGUUUGCGUUUUUUAAGUAUGAAGUAGAUAAGGAGAAGACAACCUCUUACUGUAACGAGACGUUGCCAGGAUGGGUGCAUGAUGUGUUGGGGCGUAACUGGGCAUGUUUCACUGGACAGAAGGUCUCUCCUCCGUCCUCUGGCGUUCGUGUAGAUCCGCUGCCUGUUUGGCCAACCUAUGGAAGUUAUCUGAAAAGGCCCUAUUUCUCCAGUGCUGACUUUGUGAAGGCAAUCAAUGCUGUUCAGAAAUCCUGGACUGCCACAACUUACAAGGAACAUGGAUCGCUCACCUUGGAAGACUUCCAUAAGAGAGCCGGAGGGCCGAAGUCCAGAAUACCAAAUAGGCCGAAGACUGCCCCGCUGACCGCUGAAGUGAUCAAAGCGGCCUCCUCCCUGCCUGCCUCCUGGGACUGGCGAAAUGUCAACGGUGUGAACUACGUCAGCCCUGUACGGGAUCAAGAAUCCUGUGGGAGUUGCUACGCCUUCUCUUCAAUGGGCAUGCUGGAAGCACGGAUUCGCAUCCUCUCCAACAAUACACAGACUCCAAUUCUAAGUCCCCAGCAGAUUGUUUCCUGUGCGGAGUAUGCUCAAGGUUGUAUGGGAGGAUUCCCCUACCUCAUCGGGAAAUACGCUCAAGAUUUCGGCAUGGCCGAGGAGGCAUGUUUGCCUUACACCGGCAUGGAUUCCCCCUGCUCCCUCAAGAAGGACUGUUACCACUACUACACAUCUGACUACCACUACGUUGGAGGGUUUUACGGUGGAUGCAACGAAGCGCUGAUGAAGCUCGAACUUGUAAAAAACGGACCGAUGGCCGUCAGCUUCGAGGUGUACUCAGACUUCCCUACUUAUCAAGGGGGGAUCUACCACCACACAGGGCUGAUGGAUCCUUUCAACCCCUUUGAACUGACCAAUCACGCUGUCCUCCUUGUGGGCUACGGCAGCGAUCCGCGUACCGGCGAGCCCUUCUGGAUAGUGAAGAACAGCUGGGGGGAGUCCUGGGGUGAGGGUGGCUACUUCCGCAUCCGCAGAGGCUCCGACGAAUGCGCUAUUGAGAGCAUAGCUGUAGCUGCUUCUCCUAUAACCAAGGUGUAAUGGCGGUGGAGUUUUAGGCCACGUCCUCCCAGGAAGCCAUAUU